AUGCCAAGACAGCUGGGUUGGGAGGAUGGUUCCGGCAUCUCUGUGAGAGAAGCCCUCAGCUCAUUCCGCAAGCAAGGCCGCUGGAGACCCGCCCUGCAGUUGCUCCAGGAUGCUAAAGAAGCCAGACUGGGUUCGGUGGACUUGAUCGUUUUCAACAUCGCCUUGGACGCCGCCUCAGGCCGUGGCCGCUGGCAGAGGGCGUUGUCCAUGAUUGCCACAGAGCGAGCUCCAGACGCCUACUCGUGGAACACACUGGCCGGCUCAGUCUCCAAAGCAAAGUUAUGGAGCCACUCGCUGACGACUCUCGAUGCGCUCUGCAGACGUCAGGUUGCGGGCGUCGUGGCGUACAACACCUCCAUUUCGAGCCUCACUCAGGCCAUGGGCUGGUCUCGAGCACGCUCCCUCCUGCUGCGCAUGUCGCUGGCAAGUCUGCAGCCCGAUGUGACGAGCUGUUCUGCCGCGGUCGCCUGUGCGCAAGGCCCGGAGGUCGCCGCAGAUGCGUGGCGAGACACCCUGGCACUUCUGGAGAGCAUCAAAGGAAGCAGCCUCUCAAGGAGUAUAAUCCUCAGGAGUUCUCUCAUGACCUGUGUGAGCAGGGCCAGCCGAUGGGCUUCGGCGUGGGACCUGAUGCGGGAGACCCGGCAGCACGCCUUGCAGUGCAACGUGGUGGCGCUGUGCGCCGCCACCGUAGCUGCACAGCUCGGCCUUCGAUGGCGGAGGGCCGUGGGUUCCUUUGAGGCGGCCCGGCACCAGGAGCUUCGGGUCAACGACGUCCUCUUCGGGGCGCUGCUGUCGGCAGAAGCAGGCACGAGCUGGGCGCGAGCCCUACAGUGGACGAGGGACCUCCGUGGCAUCGGGCUCAGAAACAGCCCCGUCCUCUUGGCGAUUGCCUGCAGCAUCCUUCCCUGGAAGGAGUCCUUGGGAGCUCUCGAUUGUGCGUCAGCCAGCGCGGUUGCGAUCGGCGCCUCGGCUGUCAACGCUGCAAUCGGCGGCUGUGGCGAGGCUGCGUGCUGGCAGGCUGCUGUCGCAAUGGUGUGCCGCCUGAGCCACGGUGGCCGGCCCUCAGCGACGGCCAUCACCUACACCGCCGCUGCGGGAGCCUGCGAGCGUGGGCGCCAGAGGCGGCAAGCUGUGGACCUCCUCAGAGGGAUCCGGAGGGCGCGGCUUGAAUCCGACAGAACCGCCGAGGGGGCCGCGAUGGCCCUGGAGGUGAGCUCGUGGCGAAGAGCCCUGUGGCGGCUCGCGAUCACUGGUUGCGUGGAUAGCGUCAUGCAAGCUGCCACGAUGUCGACCUGCGGGCAGCACGGGCGAUGGGCCGUGGUUCUGGACUUGCUGAAAACUCCAGCACCUUCAUCCGUAGAGUCCGUCAAUGUGGCAAUCGAAGCUUGCAAAAUCAAGUCGCUCUGGAGGGCAGCCCUUGCGCUGCUGGCCACGGCGCGUGAGCGCGAUCUGAAGCCCGACGUGCUGACGUUGUCAAGCACGCUUGGCGCCUGCGCGGAGGUUCGGCAACCGACUUCGCUGUGGCCCUCCACACUCUUGCUGUUGGAGGCAAUGGCGCUGCGUCAGGUGCGGCCGAACUUGCUGUGCUGGAUUGAGGCUACGCCCAGCCACGCGCGUCCGGUGCCACCACAGCUACUCCACAUACUGCGAGGUCACCGUAUAUCCUGGUGCUUGGGUGCAUUGCUCCAAAGCCAGUGGCGUGCCUCUGCUUCUGCUAACUACGGCAACAAAUGGUUCACGGGACCAUUGAGCAAGUUCCAGGCUUUGCUGAGCGAGCUCGUCUACAACACGCAAGCCAACUUAGGCGGCGUCGGGGCAGAAAUGCGGUUUUGCAUUGGAACGCAGCAGCUUCUCACAUGGCAGGAGUUUGUUGAAGAGUUGGCUGCAAGAGAAACAGGACCGCUGGUCAGAGACAAAGUUGCAGAUCUGUUGGACCAAGAUUGCUGUCCACCUCCACUUGCAUUAGCCUUGAGCCUUGUCAAAUUGCGCGUCGCUGUCAGCGUUGCCUUGCACGUCAAGGCUGGCCAAACAUCUGUCCGCUACGCCUCAACCGGGGGAGUCGGAGUUCCGCCCGAGGUGUGA